CAGUCGUGGUCCCGCGGCUCGCCGAGCACCGUGUCCUCCUCCUACAAGCGCAGCGCGCUCGCCCCGCGCCUCACCUACAGUUCGGCUAUGCUCAGCUCCGCCGAGAGCAGCCUCGACUUCAGCCAGUCCUCAUCCCUGCUCAACGGCGGCUCCGGCGGCGACUACAAGCUGUCCCGCUCCAACGAGAAGGAGCAGCUGCAGGGGCUGAACGACCGCUUCGCCGGCUACAUUGAGAAAGUGCACUACUUGGAGCAGCAGAACAAGGAGAUCGAGGCGGAGAUCCAGGCGCUGCGGCAGAAGCAGGCCUCGCACGCUCAGCUGGGCGACGCGUACGACCAGGAGAUCCGCGAGCUGCGUGCCACGCUCGAGAUGGUGAACCACGAGAAAGCGCAGGUACAGCUGGACUCGGACCACCUGGAGGAAGACAUCCACCGGCUCAAGGAGCGCUUCGAGGAGGAGGCGCGGCUGCGCGACGACACCGAGGCGGCCAUCCGCGCGCUGCGCAAAGACAUCGAGGAGGCAUCGCUGGUCAAGGUGGAGCUGGACAAGAAGGUGCAGUCGCUGCAGGAUGAGGUGGCCUUCCUGCGGAGCAAUCACGAGGAAGAGGUGGCCGACCUGCUGGCCCAGAUCCAGGCGUCGCACAUCACCGUAGAGCGCAAAGACUACCUGAAGACAGACAUCUCGUCGGCGCUGAAGGAGAUCCGCUCCCAGCUUGAGUGCCACUCCGACCAGAACAUGCACCAGGCGGAAGAGUGGUUUAAAUGUCGCUACGCCAAGCUCACCGAGGCGGCCGAGCAGAAUAAGGAGGCCAUCCGCUCCGCCAAGGAAGAAAUUGCCGAGUACCGGCGUCAGCUGCAGUCCAAGAGCAUCGAGCUCGAAUCGGUGCGCGGCACCAAGGAGUCCCUGGAGCGGCAGCUCAGCGACAUCGAGGAGCGCCACAACCACGACCUCAGCAGCUACCAGGACACUAUCCAGCAGUUGGAAAAUGAGCUUCGGGGCACAAAGUGGGAAAUGGCUCGUCAUUUGCGAGAAUACCAGGAUCUCCUCAACGUCAAGAUGGCUCUGGAUAUCGAGAUCGCUGCGUACAGAAAACUCCUGGAGGGUGAGGAGACCAGAUUCAGCACAUUUUCAGGAAGUAUCACUGGGCCACUGUAUACACACCGACAGCCUUCCAUCACAAUAUCCAGUAAGAUUCAGAAAACCAAGGUGGAGGCACCCAAGCUAAAGGUUCAACACAAAUUCGUUGAAGAAAUCAUAGAGGAAACCAAAGUAGAGGAUGAAAAGUCAGAAAUGGAAGAUGCCUUGACAGCCAUUGCAGAGGAACUGGCAGUUUCCAUGAAGGAAGAGGAAAAGGAAGAAGAGGCAGAAGGAAAGGAAGAGGAACAAGAAGCGGAAGAAGAAGUUGUGGCUGCCAAAAAGUCUCCAGUGAAGGCUACUGCACCUGAAAUUAAAGGAGAGGAAGAAGGGGAAAAGGAGGAAGAAGAAGGCCAAGAGGAAGAAGAGGAGGAAGAUGAGGGUGCUAAAUCAGACCAGGCUGAAGAAGGAGGGUCUGAGAAGGAAGGCUCUAGUGAAAAAGAGGAAGGUGAGCAGGAAGAAGAGGGAGAGACAGAGGCAGAAGGUGAAGGAGAGGAGGCUGAGACCAAGGAGGAAAAGAAAGUGGAGGAAAAGGGCGAAGAAGUGGCUACCAAGGAAGAGGUGGCAGCAGAAGCCAAGGUAGAAAAACCAGAAAAGGCCAAGUCCCCCGUGCCAAAAUCACCAGUGGAAGAGAUAAAGCCAAAGGCAGAUGCUGGAGUGGGUAAAGCUGAGAAGAAAGAGGAAGAAGAGAAAGUAACACCCAAGGAAUCUCCCAAGGAAGAGAAGGUAGAGAAAAAGGAGGAAAAGCCAAAAGAUGUGCCUGCUAAGAAGAAAGCUGAAUCCCCAGUGAAGGAGGAAGCUGUGGAGGAGGUGGUCACCAUCACCAAAACAGUAAAGGUGAGCUUGGAGAAAGACGUCAAAGAAGAGGAGAAGCCCCAGCAGCAGGAGAAAGAGAAGGAGAAGACGGAAGAGGAGGCAGGGAGUGAAGGAGAGGGGAGUGAUCAAGGCUCCAAGGAGUCCAGGAAGGAAGACAUAGCUGUCAAUGGGGAGGUGGAAGGGAAGGAGGAGGAAGAGCAGGAGGCUAAGGGGAAAGGCAGUGUGAGAGAAGAGGAGAAAGGCGUCAUCACCAAUGGGUUAGACUUGAGCCCAGCAGAUGAAAAGAAGGGGGGUGACCAAAGUGACGAGAAAGUGGUGGUGACCAAAAAGGUAGAAAAGAUCACCAGUGAGGGAGGAGAUGGUGCUACCAAAUACAUCACUAAAUCUGUAACCGUCACUCAAAAGGUCGAAGAGCAUGAAGAGACCUUUGAGGAGAAACUAGUGUCUACUAAAAAGGUAGAAAAAGUCACUUCACAUGCCAUAGUAAAGGAAGUCACCCAGAGUGACUAAGAUGUGAGUCCACUGCAAGAGGUUAAGCCAUAUGACAAUUUCAAAAUGCAUGUGAUUGACAGCUUCAAAACAGAAUGGGUUCUCCCAUGAGGGUUCCAGACAUUGUAUUUUACUUUGUGCAAUAGGAGGGGGACUGCAUGCAAGCUCAGGGUGCUCCCUCCUCAGUCUCUGGGGGAUUCAAAUGCAUGAUAGUGUAUGUACCUGGGGGAAUUUUGUCAAUUUCCUAAGCUGUUGGAAAGGGAGCACUCAAGGGGGGAUGUCGAGAUGUAUUAUACAAAGUACCAACUGAGCCAAAAAUAAUCAAUGAAACACAGAACUCUCUUAGCCUUAAGAAAGCUAUAUAUGAAUAAUUACGUUUACCUCACUGGUGCAUUUAAAAUGGACUUUUGUUCAUGGGAGAACCUCGCUGACAUGCACAGUUUGCAAGCUUAUGUCGAUCGAUGUUAAAUGUCACAGCAGUACUUGCUCAAUAAAGGUCAUAUUG